AAAAGCUCCAUAGGAGAUUAGGUAUUUUGCGUGCGUAAGGCAUAUGGAUAUGUACUGUGCGAACGUGCGGUGUGUGAUUUCGCAACACUUAUCAACAGAAGAGAGGGAGAUGACACUAACAAAGGCUAGUCAAAAACGCUCUAGGAGCAAAGAUGAAGACAGUGAUAUUUUACCAAGAACAAAGAGGAGAGAGUACAACUUUGACAGCUCCUGUCAAGGAUUCCAUGAAGACCAGGCGGAUGGAGCAGGGGAGCCACAUCAUUCACAGGCAGCAUCCUCUUCCACGUCGCCGCUAGCAACAAGUCCUCAGGCUGGUAGCACCGCCUCCCACCGUCUUCCACACUCACACAACAGUGCCGACAUCAUAGCAGCCCUACACAAUACCCAUCUAGACAGACAUGGAAACAACAACCCUCCCCAUUCUCCUUCACCUCCUCCACCUGCCUCUCUCCCAUCCUGUCACCACCACCAGCAUCAGCAUCAUCCCUUACUCUUGAAAGAUGCGGGGAUCCUGCCCCCAUCCCACCAACACCCGUACCUGGGCCCUCUCCCGGACGUUCUCCACGAGACUUCAGAGACGUACUACUGUCAUGUCAACAGGUUACUUCGCUCGGCCCACUUUGAGAGGUUAAAACGGGUCAAGGACCCAAGCCUGGCAGAUGUCUUUGAUGCGAGUGCCUUCAACUGAAAUCUCUUUCCUCGGAUUGUUCUGCUGCAAACUUGUUCUAUAGUAAUGUGUCGAGGGCUAGAUCAAAAGUUAGACUCAUGGAUAACUUCAACAUUAAUAGAAAGAUAGAUAGAUACAUUGUAGAUAGGUGAAUACAUUGAUAGAUAGUCUAGAUAGGUAGUAGUUGAAAAGAUAAAGCGUUGAUUGAUUGAUAGAUAGAUAGAUAGAUAGAUAGAUAGAUAGAUAGAUAGAAAGAAAGAAAGAUAGAUAAAAAAUGAUGAAUAUUCAGGAUUUGUGUUUACAUUUGACUGGAAAAUUUCACGUUCACGCAGCCUGCCUACUCAGAGACUUGCAUACUUUUUAUUAAAAAAAUUACAACCUCAUUAUACAUUUAUUGCACUGCCCUUCAUACCUUUACCUAUGAAGAUAUUUCAAGUGAUGUGCAUAUUGAUAUUGUUGAAAUUUGAAAUACAUAAUUUAUCCAGUUCAUAAAACCAUGUUGUAACUGUAUUAAAAGUAUGUGUAUGAAAACAAGCGAAAAAGAAGGUACUGAGGAGUGUGAACUUGCAGUUGUAUUUUACUGACAUAUUUUUGUUUGUUUCCAUUUCAAACAAUUUUCAAAGAUGUAACUGAAUGAUUGCCAAUGGACAUAGGAUUUUGAUAUUUGAAUGUGAACAUGGUUUACUUUUAUUCUCAUUUUCAGCCCGUAUGUUUCUUGAUAUUACAUUCUACAAUCUAAAACGUCAGUUUCUGAACAUUGUUUUUUUUUAUUAAACUAAAUGAACCGGACAAAAUUAAAAGCAGGGUUUAACAUAAAAUUGGGAAAUAUUUGCUUUGUGAGUUGUGACAAUACAUGUAGUACAUGUACAGGCACUUUUUAUGGAAUCAAAUAAAUUAGAAAGGCGGAUCAUUUUAUUGUGUGGGUGCCAGAAGGGCGUUAACUCAAAUAUUUUAACAUAGAGGUAACGUCCUUUUGGCUCUCAAGAGAUGAUUUAUAUAAUACGCCACAACGUACCUGGCAGGAAUUGAUUCCUCGAAAUGCUAGAGCGCCGCAGUGGCCGCCUUGCUAAAGCCAGGGUAAUAAUCAGGGCAGCGCCAGGAGCAUCACAACAUGACGGACAUGUACACUACAUAAGAAGCCACCAUCAUCAUUAUUAUUAUUAACCCUCUGAUCUGAAUCUAUUUCUGUGUCCAUGUUUUGGAUUUUAAUGUUUUAUAUUAUUUUUAUCACCAUUAUUUUAGCAAGAGAUUUGGAUAUUUUACUUGCAUGGAAGCGUUUUUGUGUUAAUGAUAUGAAGACUUAUAAGUGGGUCAAUAGAAACAUAUAGACGGAAAAGAAAAUCUGGUCAGAAGGAAGUGAUUUUGUGAUUAGUCAUGGGUCAUGUGAUUAUGUAACAGUAUAAUCUUGUAAGGUAUAACAGUGAUUGACAUUUUUGGCCUAGCCUCGAUUCCUUUCUACUUAUUGUUGUUUAUAGCCAUACAUUUAACCCCGUAUGUGAGUUGUUAGGUUGUAUGUUUUGAGGGGGAGUUAUUUAUAAUGUGUUUGAUAUCCAGUAAAGAGAUAUAUUCAGUUAAUUGUGAAUGUGUUUUAUUCGUCAGGACACAUAAAAGUCUGCAUACUGAUGUGAACAAAUUUAAGUUGCGUGGCUGAAACUUUGUGCCUUUUAAAUUCCAAAGCAUGUCAUGACUAAUAUAACAAUUUAUUUGUCUACUAUAGCUAUUUAUUAUAUACCAUAUAGUUUCCUUCACAUUUGUGUCUUUGUCAUGAUUGGUUGUGGUAAUGCAUACAAUAUUAAUGUGGCAAAAAGAUGUAUUUAUUUAGUUUGUUAAUGUAGCUUCUUUCAAUAGACAAAUUAACAGGAAAGUCCGCACUGCUCUUGUAUUUAUCAGAUUUGUUUUCUUUCUUUUUUCCUCUUUUUUUUCUUUUCUUAUUUUUCUUUCUUUAUUUAUUUAUUUCUAAAAACUGGGUCAUUGGAAAUUCAAAGACAAUUCGAUAAAGAAUAUUAUAUUUUGGGGAACUGCAUUAAACAAAUUGGCAACUUUAUGAUUAAUUUCUCAAUAUCAUUCGGUUCAUAUGAUUUUUCAAGAUAUCCCUCUUUCAUUUAAUGAUAGAUUUAUAGAUUUCUUCCAUAGAGGGCGGCAUUUGUGAUUAUUUCCCCAAUGAUGUAUUUCUGGGAUUAAAAUGAGAAGGAAACAAAUGUGUGGAGUAUAGUGGUCUUUUUCAUUAACUUUUCAGUACUUGAUAUAUGGCUAAUAGCUUUGGAAUUAAAUAAUUGAGUUGCCAAUUUGUAUAGGGAUCUUCACUAUUAUGAAAAUUUAUAAUUGUAAUCCAAGAUUACUGAUAGUCCUUUUCAGGACUCCUCAAUCCUCCCUCUCUCUCACAUGGUGCACCCGCAAGCCUACUGUAUAUCCAUGGAAAAUGUUCUCAAACUUCCACUGGUACAUUAUUUCUUAUUGAUUUUCUGUUUUUGAUAGGAUCAGCUUGAUGUUAUGGGGAACGUGUAAUGUUAAUGGGAGAAAGACUUGAAAUUUGAAGGUUCCUCAUCUUUGUUAGUUAUUCAUGUUUAUCAUGGCCCUGUGACAUAAAAAUCUAUCUUCAAUACAUUGGGUUUUGUUUUUGUUAAUAUGUAUUUCCAUUCUAGCUACAAUUAAUUGUAUCUUCACAGAUUCUUUCUGCAUUAUAAGAUUGUAAGAUACAGUUGAUUCACAGUUAGGAAAUAUGAUUAAUUUGGAAGAGAUGCCAUCAGUUAUAAGUCCAAAUAUUACAGGGCUAAUGUUUUGUUAAGUGCCCAUUUUCCAAGACUUUAUUAUGAAUAGAACAGAAUAAGACUCGAUUUUGGAAUCCGAAUAGAAACUAACUUUGAAGAAAAGAAAAAUUUGACACCAAAAAUCAUAAAUUUUAGAGUUAAUUGCCAAGAGAGUUGUGCUUGUGAUGUCAUGAAUAUUACUCCCAAUUUAUGUUCUUCUCAAAAUGACGAAAAAUGUACGACUAAUUUUUAGCAGUCUUUAAAUAAGAUCUGGAAAUUUGAUACAUCAUUAACUUAACUAUGUAAAUUACACUAACAAGGUAUUACUUACAAGUGCAAUUUCAUGUCCAUGGGACCUCUUGCAUGAGCAAUUCAGGGAUUUCUUAAGGGUUUCAUCCUCAAAUUGACAACAGUUAUUUGUAUU